AUGAAGCUUCUGCAGAUUGUCUGCUCCAUCCGUAUCCUGACCCUUCCUCCAAGCACCAAGCACUGCCAAGCGCUGCUGAUGCUGCUGCUCUUCGGCGGGCUGGUGCUGCAGUACGUGUGCCCGGGCAGCGAGUGCCGGCUGCGGGAGCGCCUGGCCGGGCGCGCCGCGGCGGCCGCGGCGGGGCGCCAGGCCGGCGCCGACCCGUACCGCGCGGAGGACGAGAUCCCGGCGCGCUUCGUGCCGCGCCUCAACUUCUCGGCCGCCGAGCUGCUGCGCCGCGUGGACUUCCACAUCGCCGGCGACGACCUGAUCGUGUUCCUGCACAUCCAGAAGACGGGCGGCACCACCUUCGGGCGCCACCUGGUGCGCAACAUCCAGCUCGAGCAGCCGUGCGAGUGCAAGGCCGGGCAGAAGAAGUGCACCUGCCUGCGGCCGGGCAAGCGCGAGACCUGGCUCUUCUCGCGCUUCUCCACCGGCUGGAGCUGCGGGCUGCACGCCGACUGGACCGAGCUCACCAACUGCGUGCCGUCCGUCGUGGACAGCAAGAAGGACGCCAAGCUGCGCCCUACCAGGAAUUUCUACUACAUCACCAUCCUGCGAGACCCGGUAUCCCGCUACUUGAGCGAGUGGCGGCAUGUGCAGCGGGGAGCCACGUGGAAGGCGUCGCUGCACGUCUGUGAUGGACGGUCGCCCACGUCGGAAGAGCUGCCCAGCUGCUACUCGGGGGAUGACUGGUCGGGCUGCUCACUGCAAGAGUUCAUGGACUGCCCGUUCAACUUGGCCAACAACCGCCAGGUCCGCAUGUUGGCCGACCUCAGCCUCGUAGGAUGUUACAACUUGUCCGUCAUGCCGGAAGAGCAGCGAAACAAGGUGCUCCUGGACAGCGCCACGGAGAACCUGAAACGGAUGGCCUUCUUUGGCCUCACGGAGUUUCAGAGGAAGACUCAGUACCUCUUCGAGAAGACCUUCAACAUGAACUUCAUCUCGCCAUUCACACAGUACAAUAGCACAAGGGCCUCCAGCGUAGACAUUGACGAGGAGACUCAGAAGCGUAUCGAGGUCCUCAAUUUUUUAGACAUGGAACUGUACGAUUAUGCAAAGGAUCUUUUCCUGCAAAGGUACCAGUACAUGAGGCAGAAGGAGCACCAGGAAGCCAGAAGGAAGCGCCAGGAGCAGCGGAAGAUCUGGCGGGCAAAGCAAGGGCACAGCAAGGACCAGAGCGCCCCCAAUUCGACUUCUGACUACGUGGGGAAUGUGGAGCAGUGGCGAUAA